AUGGAUGUGUACUCUUUAGGUGUGGUUAAGGUCAGUCCCGGCCACAGUGCUAUUGAUUUCGAAAUAGCUCGGGGUGGAAAACGUCUGGAGGUCCUGAAUAUUUUCUCUGACAGUGGCAGCAUUCUCCCCUCUGUUUGUGAAGAAUUCGGUGGCCUUCCACGCUUCAUAGCUCGAUCCAAAAUAGCUCAACGACUGUCCGAAUUUGGUCUCUAUCGCGGACGAUAUCGUAUCGGAGAGUCAACUGAAUUUCUUUCAACUGUUUGUCCAAUGAAUCUACCUCUCUGUUCUCGGUCUGGAGAUAUUGUCGAACCCCUUUUUCGCGAACAAUGGUUCAUUAAUACUUCGGAAAUGGCGUCUGCAGCGUUAAAAGCAACACAAAUUAUUAAGUGGACUAAUUAUAACCAAGAAUUGGAUGGGUCGAAGAGGGCCAAUGAAACUGGAGAACUUCGAAUCACACCCUGCUUCCACGAACCAACUUGGCGUGACUGGUUGUCUCCUGAACGGCGUCGUGACUGGUGCAUCAGUCGACAAGUUUGGUGGGGCCACCGAAUGCCGGCCUAUCGAAUUCCAAAUUUCCUGCAACCCUUAGAACGCUGCGAUUCAAAAUCAUACAUCACCUCAUCUGAUUGGGUGAUUGCUCGUGACUUUAAAGAGGCGCGAAGAUUGAUCGCGAAACGGUGCAACUGCGAUAUCAAUGAAGUUCCAGCUGAACUUGAACAAGACACGGAUGUCUUAGAUACGUGGUUCAGUUCGAGCCUUCUUCCUUUGACUGCCUAUGGUUGGCCUAAAGAGAGUUCAGAAUUGAGUCGAAGUUAUCCAGUUGAUUUGAUGGAGACUGGACAAGAUAUUCUCUUCUUUUGGGUUGCUCGAAUGGCCAUGCUUGGAGUCCAUCUCACAGGCCGAAUGCCAUUCAAACACAUUCUCUUGCAUGGACUAAUUUGUGACUCCAAUGGUCAAAAGAUGUCGAAAAGUAAGGGUAAUACCAUCGAUCCACUCAAUCUCAUAGAUGGUGUGGGAAAUCUCAAACCGCAUCAAACUGGUGGUGGUGGUGGUGAUGGAGGAAUUCAGACUCUCGGAGCGGAUGCUCUUCGAGCCUCUCUCCUUGCCACUGAUUUUACUCAUCCCGCAAUUGUUUUCACGGAAGAAGCAACUCUCGAUUUCCGACGCUUUGGAAACAAGAUAUGGCAGAGUCUCCGCUUUCUGACCUCUGAAAUGAACCGUACUGGUAUGUCUGUAGAAAUGAAGCAGCAUUCAAUUGAAAAGUAUUGGGAGGAACUGAGUGAUUCUCAGGUUUCGAAUGAUCUGCCUCUUAUAGACGAAUGGAUCCUUCUGCAAGCUGCAAAUAUUGCUCAACGCUUCAACAAUGCAUUUGGUGGUCUUUGUGCUGAAGGAAAUGAAGACGAUGCCUUACAUAACUGUGUUGCUGAUUUUCGGCUUUGGUGGAUCGAAGACCUGUGUUCAGUUUAUCUAGAAGUGAUCAAGCAUCGUCUUCGUUCAAAUAGUGGAUCACCAAAGGAGUUAGACGUCCUGAUAGCAUCCUUCAUGUUCGGACUGCGCCUGCUACACCCCCUGAUGCCUCAUAUAUCUGAAGUUCUGUGGCAGUCUCUUACCAAAGAUGACCGCUCAAUUCUUCUACAGGAAUUUCCUAAACCAAAGAAAGAGUUCACUUCGGAUCAAUCUAAUUUCGUGACGAAGGUACUUGAUGUAAUGACUAAGCUCAAAUCAUGGAGAGUUCUGUUGGGUAUUGGAAAGAACUUCAAUGGACGUGUUGGUGUUACCACCCUUCCCUGCAAGCAUCCACGAGAAGAGGGUGCAAUUGUGGAACUUUCUGCGGCUCUCGUUGGUUUGAAACCUCUCCAGGCGGAACUAGAUCAAGACUUUUGUACGAUUCCGUGUAAGGCUGGUAUCGCAUUGUCGUUUGAACCCAAAGGCGUGGAUUUUGAAGCAGCAGAAGAUACACUUCGAGGUCGUCUGACAAAAUUGAAUAAAAAGGCUGAUGUGCUGCGUGAAAAGAAACAGAUGAAGCCUAACUCUAGCGUUGGCAGCAAUAAUUUUUCUCGGACGGAAGCAUCAAAGCUUCUGGUUCUGGAGAAACAAAUCCGUGAAAUAAAUUCUCAACUUCAGGACCUGUUAGACUGCAAGGUGACGCUGGAGGACUAA